UGGUGGCUUUGUUCAGAUACCAAACCCAAUCACUACACUUUUCACCUUCCCCCGUCUCUUAAUUCCUUCUUUUAUUAGCUUCUUCUCUGCCACACCUUGACCAGUCACCAUCUUCCAUUCUAGCAGCUUUCUGGGUUUUGAAAGAAAAUCUUAACUACAAGAAUGCCAUCAAGGAAUUAUCGGUUCUCUUCCUAUUCAUCUUCUUCUUUUUCUUCUUCGUCAUCUUCUUCCCAGCUAACUACUCCAAGAGCAUUUCAAAAUGGGCCCUCAGUAGCCAUUUCUAAAUCUCCACCCUGGGAUGUCGAAAAAGCCAAGUCCAGCUUUGGUUGCACAAUGCCUAAGUCUAACGAAGAACUGAGGGAGGAGAUCACGGAGCUUGAGACAGAGAUCUUACAGUUAGAGCGGUAUCUUCUCUCGCUCUAUAGAACAUCUUUUGGAGAUCAUUUUCCUUCAUUAUUAUUACCAGAUGAUUCUUCCCUUCCUCCAUGGAAGCCUUACACGACCAAAGUUCACAAUGACCAAGUGUCUUCUGUGUCUGAUACAUCUCUCUCGCCGAGUUUCAAACCAUUUUUGGAAACGGACAAGAUAAAAAGAUCCGAGUCUGGUAACCCGAGUUUGGCAGAUCUUCUUGGUCUUAACAAUCUUGGUCCUAAUAAACUCUCUGAAGAGCUUCUGAGACUUAUUAGUGUGAUACACUUCAAACUCUCAGACAAGGGGCAUAGCAGAUUGGUCAAUAACACAAAUAAUGAAAAUAUCAAUGAUGAGAAGUGUGGACAGGAACUUGGAGUCAUUAUCCAUAAGCUUUGCCUCGAUGAGGACAAUUUGAAGUCCGUUGAUAGUUUGCUUCAGAAUUUUAGAUCGCUGGUUCAAAAGCUUGAAAAUGUUGAUCCGGCAAGGAUGGCUCGGGAAGAAAAGGUUGCAUUCUGGAUCAAUAUCCAUAAUGCUCUGGUGAUGCAUGCGUAUAUUGUAAAUGGAAUGGGUGAAGAUGCAACAAGCACGAUGAUCUUGAAGGCAGCAUUUAACAUUGGUGGGAAGUGGGUGAAUGCAUACGAUGUCCAAAGUUCGAUACUGGGGCUUCGUGAAUGCCGUUCACCAUCACGUUUAUGGAUGCUGUUUUCACCUGCUAGGAGUUCAAAGACAAGUAGCAGUGGCCACACAUAUGCGUUGGAGUAUGCCGAACCACUUCUUCACUUUGCCCUUUCUACCGGGGCAUUAACCGAUCCAAUGGUCCGAAUUUAUACAGCGGAAGGAAUCUUUCAAGAACUAAGGCAAGCAAGAGACGGUUUCAUCCAGACAAGAGUUGAAUUUGAUAAGAGGGAGACAAGGAUUCUCUUGCCAAAGAUCAUUGACAACUACGCAAAGGAUACUUCUCUCAACAUGGCAGAACUCUUUAAUAUCAUAUCGGAGUGCCUAAGAGAGACAAAAAGAACGAAAAUGAGAAGAGUUGUGAAGAAAAGGCAAGAUAGAUGCAUUAACUGGAUUAAGCAUGACUUCAACUUCCGUUAUUAUAUCCAUUGGGAAAUUAUGAGAGAGAGUUUUAUAAUUUAACCACAAUCUUUUGUACUUAGUCGUUCAAUGGUUAGUUUGUGUCUGUAAUUUAUUUCUUUUCUUUUUUUUUUUAGUUAUGUUUUUUUGUGCCAAUAUAUUACCAUGCCGGAUUUCGCCACCUGUGAUGACUGGCCUAAAUAUUUUCUAAUAACUGUCUUAAUUUCAUUAUAAAA